CGGCCGCCGGGUCCCCGCCCAGGGGCCAGGUGGCCAGGUCGCGUCGGGAGAAGAAAAUGGAAGAGCUCUGAGCGACUAUCGGCCGGCGCCUCCCCACGCGGCCUUCCCUCGCGGGCAGGGACCCUCUGCCACCGACCCGAGGACCGCAGGGCCCCGCUCGCCGCCCGCGCCCGUCAGGAAGCCGCGCGUCGCUCCCGUCGCUGUCAGGGUAGUCGGCUCGGGGCGUCGCCCACCGUCCACCGAUGCACGGGAGCGCGUCCUCCCCUCCGAGGAACUAAGCGGCCGCGCCACGCAUCCCGCCGCGCCGGAAGCGGGGACUAGGGACGGCCCAGCCUGGCAGGACCGCGGCGGAAUGACCCGGGGCGACCCCGCGACAAGGGCGCCUCCGGCAGGCGGCAGAAUUCCCUGAGAAUCGGCGCGCUCCUCGCCGCGACGGACUCCACCUGGCCGGGGAGCUCGGUCUCCUCGCCGUGGCCACCAGCCCGGCCGCCUCCCAUCAGGGCCGCCGCAGGCUCACCUCAGGGACCGAGGGCGCGGGCUUGCAGCGCGGCGGCGUCCGUUCGGCGAGCGGUUGCCUGCAGGCCCUCCCUCCCCGGCCCCCAGCGCCACGAGCCCCUCCCGCCCCGCCCUCCGGCGCCCGGCGCCCAAUCAGAGUGCCGCGCACGUGACGAGCGCUGCCUGCGAUGACCUCAUCCCUGGUGUGGGAUGACGUCAAAUUCAAGAUGGAUGGAAUCACAGCGGCAGCGGCGGCUGCGGCGCGCGCGAGCCGAGUGUGAGCGGAAAGGGGCCCGGCGUCUGCCUCGGGGCUGAAGACCGAUAAACUCAAGCCAUGGAGGGAUUACUGCAUUACAUCAACCCCGCACACGCCAUUUCUCUCCUAAGUGCCCUGAAUGAGGAGCGUCUCAAAGGACAGCUGUGCGAUGUGCUGCUGAUUGUUGGAGACCAAAAGUUCCGAGCUCAUAAAAACGUCUUGGCUGCCAGCAGCGAAUACUUCCAGAGUUUAUUCACAAAUAAGGAAAAUGAGUCACAAGCUGUAUUUCAGCUUGACUUCUGUGAGCCAGAUGCUUUUGAUAAUGUUUUAAACUACAUUUAUUCUUCCUCUCUAUUUGUUGAGAAGAGCAGCCUUGCUGCUGUGCAAGAACUUGGCUAUAGUCUUGGGAUUUCCUUUCUGACAAAUAUCGUUUCUAAAACACCUCAAGCCCCCUUUCCAACGUGUCCUAAUAGAAAAAAAGUGUUUGUAGAAGAUGAUGAAAACAGUUCUCAAAAGAGAAGUGUCAUUGUUUGUCAAAGUAGAAACGAAGCACAAGGAAAAACUGUUAGUCAAAAUCAACCUGAUGUAAGCCAUACUUCCCGGCCCUCUCCUAGCAUUGCAGUCAAGGCUAAUGCCAAUAAGCCACAUGUCCCAAAACCAAUUGAACCACUUCAUAGUUUGUCAUUAACUGAAAAGAGUUGGCCGAAAGAUAGUUCUGUGGGAUAUGCAAAGUCUCUUGAGCAUUCUGGAUCUUUGGAUGAUCCUAAUAGAAUCAGUUUGAUGAAAAGAAAUGCAGUAUUGCCUUCAAAACCUCUGCAAGACAGAGAAGCUGUGGAUGAUAAACCAGGUGUGAGUGGUCAGCUUCCAAAAGGAAAAGCUCUAGAGCUGGCUUUGAAGAGACCACGGCCACCUGUUUUGUCUCUUUGUAGCUCAUCAGAGACUCCCUAUGUAUUAAAAGAAACUAACAAAGGAAAUGGUCAAGGUGAAGAUAGAAACUUGUUGUAUUAUUCAAAGUUAGGCUUAGUGAUCCCAUCCAGUGGAUCUGGUUCUGGAAACCAAAGCAUUGACAGGAGUGGCCCACUUGUUAAGAGUCUCCUCAGACGAUCUUUGUCGAUGGAUAGCCAGGUUCCUGUCUAUUCACCUUCCAUAGAUUUGAAAUCUUCCCAGGGAUCAUCUUCGGUGUCCAGUGAUGCACCAGGGAAUGUGUUGUGUGCUUUAUCUCAAAAGUCAUCUUUAAAAGAUUGUAGUGAAAAAACAGCCCUAGAUGACAGGCCUCAAGUGCUACAACCGCAUCGCCUCAGGUCCUUUAGUGCUUCUCAGUCAACAGACAGGGAGGGAGCCUCCCCUGUGACUGAGGUGCGCAUAAAGACCGAGCCCAGCAGCCCGCUGUCGGACCCCUCGGACAUCAUCCGCGUCACUGUGGGAGAUGCGGCAGCAACAGCAACUGCCUCAUCUUCGUCGGUCACGAGAGACCUGUCUCUGAAAACAGAAGAUGACCAAAAAGACAUGAGCAGACUCCCAGCAAAAAGGAGGUUCCAAGCGGACCAAAGAUUGCCGUUUAAGAAGUUAAAGGUGAAUGAGCAUGGGUCUCCUGUGUCAGAAGAUAAUUUUGAGGAAGGCUCAAGCCCUACUAUUCUUGAUGCAGAUUUUCCAGAUUCUGAUUUGAAUAAAGACGAAUUUGGUGAGUUGGAGGGGACGAGACCAAACAAAAAAUUUAAAUGCAAACAUUGCCUUAAGAUCUUUAGAUCAACAGCAGGUCUUCACCGUCAUGUUAACAUGUACCAUAACCCAGAAAAGCCCUACGCUUGUGACAUCUGUCACAAGAGGUUUCACACCAACUUCAAAGUGUGGACACACUGUCAGACCCAACACGGCAUAGUGAAGAACCCAUCACCAGCCUCUAGUUCACAUGCUGUUUUGGAUGAAAAAUUCCAAAGAAAGCUGAUUGACAUAGUGAGAGAGAGAGAAAUUAAGAAGGCCCUGAUCAUUAAGUUAAGGCGCGGCAAGCCUGGUUUUCAGGGACAGAGUAGCUCCCAAGCGCAGCAAGUCAUCAAGAGGAACUUGAGAUCUCGAGCCAAAGGAGCUUACAUUUGUACUUACUGCGGAAAAGCGUACCGCUUUCUCUCUCAAUUUAAGCAGCACAUAAAAAUGCAUCCAGGAGAAAAACCCCUUGGAGUAAAUAAAGUUGCUAAGCCAAAAGAGCAUGCUCCUCUUGCAAGUCCAGUAGAAAACAAGGAGGUUUACCAGUGCCGUCUCUGUAAUGCUAAGCUCUCUUCUCUCCUAGAGCAAGGAAGCCACGAGCGGCUGUGCCGGAACGCGGCCGUCUGCCCUUACUGCAGCCUCAGGUUUUUCUCGCCCGAGCUGAAGCAAGAACACGAGAGCAAGUGUGAGUAUAAGAAGCUGACCUGCCUCGAGUGCAUGCGCACUUUCAAGUCCUCUUUCAGCAUCUGGCGGCACCAGGUUGAAGUCCAUAAUCAGAACAACAUGGCACCCACCGAAAACUUUUCUUUGCCCGUUUUGGACCACAAUGGUGAUGUAACUGGUUCUUCAAGGCCCCAGUCCCACCCUGAGCCCAAUAAAGUAAACCACAUCGUCACCACAAAAGAUGAUAACGUGUUCAGUGAUUCUUCAGAACAAGUUAACUUCGACUCGGAAGAUUCCUCUUGUCUCCCUGAAGAUCUUAGUCUUUCCAAGCAACUGAAAAUCCAAGUCAAAGAGGAACCUGUGGAGGAGGCUGAGGAAGAGGCACCCGAGGCCAGCACAGCCCCCAAAGAAGCGGGUCCUAGCAAAGAAGCCAGCCUGUGGCCCUGUGAGAAGUGUGGGAAGAUGUUCACAGUGCACAAGCAGCUGGAGCGUCACCAGGAGCUUCUGUGCUCUGUGAAACCAUUUAUUUGUCACGUGUGCAACAAAGCUUUUCGCACUAAUUUUCGACUCUGGAGUCACUUCCAGUCGCACAUGUCUCAGGCUUCAGAGGAAUCGGCACAUAAGGAAUCUGAGGUGUGCCCUGUUCCCACAAACUCUCCCUCUCCACCACCUCUGCCACCGCCACCGCCACUGCCCAAGAUCCAGCCUCUGGAGCCUGACAGCCCCACAGGCCUGUCUGAAAACCCACCUCCAGCCACAGAAAAACUGUUUGUGCCCCAAGAAUCAGACACCCUUUUUUACCAUGCCCCACCCCUUUCAGCAAUCACAUUUAAAAGACAGUUUAUGUGUAAACUUUGCCACAGGACAUUCAAGACUGCAUUUAGUCUUUGGAGUCACGAACAAACACACAAUUGAAAGACCCAACACUUUUUACCUAUGGGAGGCAGUCCCCAGAUUUCAACCAGAAUUGUGAAAUGUGUCAUAAGAAACAAAAUAUUUUUUAAACAAGAAUAAUAAAGGUUGGAGAUUGUUAUGCUUGAAAUUAAGUUUGAGACAAAUUGUUAAUUACUUAGUUAAGUCCUUAAUCAACUUUAGAAAUACACCUUUUAAAAUAUUGUGAUUCUGGACCUUACAAGAACAAGAUGGUUUGAUUUCGUUAAUGUUGAAAUUGGAUUAGUCUUGAUUGUGUGCAUGGUUCCUCAUUCCAUGGUGUUGGUAUAAUCAUUUAAUUGAGGUUUUUGGUUUUUUACUGAUUUGUAAUUAGUGGAAUACUAUCGAAGUAUUCCUUCUUUUGAUUAUUUUACACACUUGAGUUCUAGUUAAAUCUUGACCAUGUUCUUAAGUCCAAAAUAUAUCAGGAAGAAGUGGAGUAGUUUUCUGUAUUGAUUUGUAUCUUAGACUACUUUAGCAAUAAAAGAUAAAUCUCAACUUUGAUAAGUUAUCCUGACACUUGAUAAAAAUAAAUAUUUGGUAUUUUGUGGUCAUGUAGAACUUCUUUUUGUAUGACAAUUGUGAGAAAUUUAAAUCAGCAAUAGUAACACGUAGAUCUUUAUAAACUAACAAAAACUUGUUCUCAGUCAAUAUAAUAAACGAGAAAUUCUAAGGAAGACCUGGGAAAUGAAUGCAAUUUAUGGAAGUCCCCUACAGUCAGUUUAUAAGGGUUUCAGUAGUGAUAGACAUUGUGAUAAAAACUUGUACCGUGUUACAUGUACACUGCACCACAGUCUAAAUUCAGAGCAGCAUUUGAAGGACUGCAAAUGUUUCAUUUCCUCUGAUUUAUGCUGUCACAAAUUGAAAAUCUGAGUGUAGUUAGGACCAAAAACAAAGCUAACCAUAUGGCACUAAUUUUGAUUUUAACAUUAGUAUAAAAAAUAAGGUCAGGACAUAUAUUUAAAUAGAUCCCAGAUACUCAAGAGUUAGCACAGCUGAUGUAAAAUUCUAAAUUACCAUUUACUUCCAGAUAAUUCAGAGCAGAGGAGAAACAUCUCGCUGCAGUUUCAACAUGCUUUUCAAGAACAAUACAUACAACAUAUACAUUUUCCUGCCUCUCUUUUGUGACAGUUUCUGUUAGAAUUUUUUGGUGGUCUGGUGGUUAAAAUCAGCAAGGCCAUUCUCUACAUCAUUGCUUAAUAUUUCAGAAAUAGGUAUUAAAGCACUAUCAGUGGUCCAAAAUUAGUUUUCGCUACUUAUUUUGGUCCGUGGGUUUUGGGCUUUUCAGAGAAUAUAUGUAUAAUUUGUAAUUGCAAGCCUUUCAAUAGGAUAUCCAAAGUUCAGUGUGGUGUUUCAAAAGGGAAAAUUUUUACUUGUAGGGGUGGGAAUUAGGUGUAUUUUAAAAAAUGAAACUACAAAAUCCUUUUAAGAAAGUAAUACCAGUUUAGACUCUAGUUUGUGUUACAAGGUAUUCUUUCAAAAUGUUUCAAAAAGUCAACUACUGUCAUUAAGAAAUAACUUUAAAUGUGUGCUCUAGCAGAAAAUAACUCUGUACCCAUCAGUCUUAUUGCCAACAUUCCAUCCCACUGGGAGGAAAGAGAAUUCUCAUUUUUUUAUUGAACCAGACAUUUUUAUAAAAUACCGAUUGACUUUGUACAUUAUAGAUAUUAUAUAUGAAAUUUUGCCUGGUAUUCUUUCACUUGAAAAAACUCCAAAAUUCCACAUUUUAGUAGUUACUCCUAUUCUUUCUUAAAUUUGAUGGAGAAGGGAAAAUAAAUUGCAGUUAUUGAUUCUUGCCAUCUUUGUUUUCCUUAAGAAAUCUAUGCAUUUUAAGGAUAAAACUAAAGCAUAUGGCUUUACAUGAAACAUCAGGAUGGAUUAUUGUACAUUGAAUUCAUUCCCCGUAUAAUGUGGUAUUUCUUACUCUGACCAUCUUAGUAGCUGUCACUUCAGAAGAAGACAGUUUCCCUGAGUGAUCAUCACCUACAUGGCCAUUAGAGUAUCUAUUGGUGAUAAUUCCAUGAUACAGAGUAUCUUGGCAUUAUAAAUUCAGUAUCCCAGGACUUGAACCUUUAUGCUACAUUUUUGAAGAUUUUUAAAAAAUAAUAUUGUUAAUCAGUAAAAAAAAAAAAAAAAUAUUUUUGAUCUAAACAUAGGUUCUGCAUAUCUGUUAGAUUUUAAAAAUGACUGGUGUUUUGUCUUCACAUUUUUGUCUAAGCAAGGAAUAUAAGAUUUCAAAUAAAAUUUUGAACCA